GUCAAGGGUGGCUGCGGCUGCGUAAAGAUCACGUGAUUCAUGAACACAAACAGCACGCUGACAGCGGACAUGAAUGGGCUUCUAUGAUAAGUGGCAGGAUGUUUCGCGGUUUCGCCGUUAAGGCCCUCGGCUUUGUUGGUUACACAAUCCAGUACGGCUGCAUCGCUCACUGUGCAUUCGAGUAUAUCGGAGAAUUUGUGUCUUGUUCAGGACCUUCCAUGGAGCCCACCAUCACUAACCACGAUGUCGUGUUCUCAGAGAGAAUAAGUCGUCACCUCUAUCGAAUACAAAAAGGAGAUAUCAUCAUAGCCAAAAGCCCCUACGAUCCAAAGAUGAACAUUUGUAAGCGAGUUAUCGGACUGGAGGGGGACAAAGUAUGUACCAGCGGACCAUCCGACGUCUUUAAAACACAUACUUACGUACCAAGAGGGCACGUUUGGCUCGAAGGCGAUAACCUUUGGAAUUCCACAGAUUCCCGAAGCUAUGGCCCCAUUCCCUACGCCUUGAUCCGAGGACGCGUUUGCUUAAAGUUGUGGCCACCACACAAUUUUGGCGUAUUGGCUGAAAGUCCUAAUGACGGACGCAUUUUAUGAAGAAACAGUUUUUGUGUUUUAUAUGUACUGUAAAUGAUAGUUUGCUAUGUUUUUAAAUAAAUUCAUAUUU